CUUUCUCACUCUCUCUUUCCUCUCUUUCCUCUCUUUUCUGUUUAGAUCUUGAUUUUGACCAAAAUUACUGUUUUGCUUUAAAAUAAUGUCAAAAGAUUACGAUCAUCUGUUUAAAUUAUUAAUUAUCGGAGACUCAGGUGUUGGUAAAAGCAGUCUUCUUCUUCGGUUUGCCGAUGACACCUUCUCUGGAAAUUAUAUUUCAACAAUAGGAGUUGAUUUUAAGAUAAAAACAUUAGAAGUUGAUGGAUAAAAGAUUGAAUUUUGAAAUUCAAAUUUACAAAUGGUUUAAAGUAAAGCCUAUGGUUACGCCUUUUAAAUCAAUUAAAUUAUUUAAAUCAUAGUUUAGUAACCAAGCAACAAAUACUGUUAAAAUCGAGCUAACAUUCAUCAAUCAUUGAUUCUACUGUCCAUCCGUCAAACAUAAAAUAUUAAUUUCCUGCUCAUAAUGUCUAUUUUUUGACAGUCAACUUUAUUUCUAUAACUUAUUUUCAUAACUUCAUUUAUGUCCAUUUUACUGAAAGCCCACUAAAGAAGUGUUAAUCAAAAUGGCAUUUGUUUAUUGGUACCAGUUGAAAGCUAUGUUAAUUAAAGAUCAGCUCAUCAGAAAGAGACAUUGGAUAUCAACAUUUCUAGAAUUUUUCUUGCCCAUUUUGCUGGUUUUGUUGCAUGUCUAUAUCUUGCCCGAUAAACAAGCAGCGAAAAUUUUUGAACCAACAGUUAAUGAAAAACUUCAGUCUUGGAAAAAUAUAUUUGAUAAUUUUCCUCAGAUGUUUCUUUGCUACACAUUUGGAGCAACAAUUUUUUACACUUCACCCAACGAUGUUGCUAAAAAACUGCUGCCUUCUCAUUUAUCAGCUUGUGAUUCAACGGCUGUAUCAUUGGCUAACGACAGUGCUGUGAUUAAGGCUUGGGGAGAUACGAUUAAAGACAGAAUUGUUAAUUCAAAUAGUGCCGUCUUUUUCCAUGAAUUGGAUGUUGAUAAAGGCAUUGCCAAUUAUACAAUAGGAGGGACAUCAUUUAUAUAUACAGGACCUUACACUGAACCAAUACACAGCACUUAUGAAGAAUAUAUCAGGACACAAUCAUUGGUCAACAUUCUCAUGGCCAACUAUCCUUCAAAAACAUUGCAGAGAACAGAUUUUGAGUAUAUGUACACAUCUAAGUUGUUCCCACAAGGAAAUCCAUCAUAUGAGAAAGAAGUGGAAUCCGAACCAAAAUUGGCCCCACAAACUUCAUCUCCAGUCGACACUUUGAAAUACCUUCAAGCCUAUGUUUUCCUAGAGAUAGGUUUGAUUUAUUUAUCAUCCAUUAUAACACGUCGUUUGAUUCGAGAAAAGGUAACCAAUUCAAAGGAAUUACUGAGAAUAAUGGGAUUAAACGAUUUUGUUUAUUGGAUUUCACACUUUAUAAAUUAUCUAUCUUUAUCCAUUUUCCACUCUACGCUCAUCACAAUCGUCUACUCUAUUUUUGAUCAAAGAAAUCCUUAUGGAAAUUGGAAUGCAAGUUUAUUCUGGUUCAAUUACUUAAUCGCUUCAAUUAGCAACAUUUUAUUUACGUUUACUUUUACAACUGUUUUAAAUCGACCCAUUGUCGGUGUUCUAGUUGUAAUCGCUGGUCGAGGUGGAUUAGCUUAUUUACCGGUCGCUGCCAAGACAUCGAUGGUUAAUGUAUUGAACAUUUCGCCCAAAGUAUGGUCCUGUCUUCUUCCUAGUGGUCAAUUGCAUUUUUCAAUCUAUAACAUGUUUUAUUUUGGAGCAUCGGUAAAGGGUUUAUCUUGGUCCCAUAUACUACAUCAAAUCAAAUCACCCGAAACUCUUCCUUUUGGAUACAUUUAUCUAACGGCGUUUGUAUCCUGGUUUGUUUACUACUUGCUAAUUUGGUAUCUAGAUGCAGUUUGGCCAUGGCAAUCAGGGACACCAAAACCAUGGCAUUUGCCAAUUUCAUCGUUUUUCAAUAAAUCAAUAGUAGACAUUGAAAUGAAUGGAACAUCAACUACACAUGAUUCAAACGAACUCAAUGCCAAUACAAGUAUGAUUUAUGAGUCAGAGCCGCCUCUUUUAAAACCUAGUGUAAAGUGCAUUAAUUUAUACAAAUCCUUUGGUUCGAUUGGCGGUAAAAAGUAUGCUGUUAAUGGAUUGAAUCUGAAUAUCCUUAAAGGUCAAAUAACGGUCCUUUUAGGUCACAAUGGAGCUGGUAAAACUACAACAAUGUCAAUGAUUACAGGAAUGAUUAAACCCUCAGCAGGAAAAGUUUUGGUUAAUGGUAUAGAUGUUCAUCAACAUACUGUUGCAGCUCGUCGUUGUCUUGCCUUAUGUCCACAAACUGAUCUAUUAUUUGAAGAGCUUACUGUGACGGAAAAUUUAGAGCUUGUUACUGGUUUGCGAGGUUUAAGUAGAGAAAUGAGAAAACAACUGAUACCAUUAAACAUAGGGAGGGUCAAUUUAACGGAUAAAACUAAUACAUUGGCUUGUAAUUUAUCAGGUGGUAUGAGACGCCGUCUUCAACUAGCUUUGGCCUUAUCAACAGCCUCAGAAACCUUAAUUUUAGAUGAACCAACUUCAGGCCUUGAUCCAGAAUCUCGUCGUCAAUUAUGGAAUUUAUUAUUGGAAUUGAGAAAAGAUCUGUCCAUUUUAUUAACAACCCAUUUCAUGGAGGAAGCUGAUGCUCUAGGAGAUAGAAUAGUUAUAAUGGCGUCCGGAAAAAUUAAAUGCUCAGGAAGUCCAAUGUUUUUGAAACAUCGAUUUGGUGCUGGAAACUCAAUUAGGAUAGCUAAAAAUGGUGCGAAAUUCGAUAAUGCUCAUCUACUUGAAUUGAUGAAAGCUCAUUUUCCUAGUGCUGUUGCCAUCAAUGAAACUGAUGAAGAAAUUAUUUAUCAAAUAAGUGCAGGAAUCAAUUCUAAGGCAGACGUACCAACAGCAACUCUAGCUCAACUCUGUGAUUCUCUGGAUAAAAAUUCAAACGCACUGGGUAUUACUUCCUAUGGGAUUUCAGUGACAACUCUUGAAGAUGUUUUCCUUAGAGUUUCUGAGGAUGAUGGUGAAAGUGAACAUACUGCAGUUCAAAUGGAAGAUAAACUGUUUGAAUUAAAUAAAAUUCUGGAUUAUGAGAAACUCAGUGGAUUUCCCUUAUUUCUUCAAAGAAUAAGGGGUCUUGUGAUGAAACGAGUUAAUUACACAAAAAGACAUUACAAAACGAUUGGAUUUACGAUCAUUCUUCCUGCUAUAGUUUUACUUUUCACAUUUUGGGCUGCGAAAAAUUCCUCAGAAACUGUUAAUGCAUUCCUGGAUUAUCCUUAUCCAAUUGAAUUGAAUGUGAAAUCAAUUUAUGGUCCAAAUGCUAAAGCUGUUAUUCGUGCAACAUUCACACAGAAUCAAGACUUCAUUAAAGCUUACAACGAAAUAAUGGAAAAGGAAGGAAUCAAAGUUAUUAAUAUUCCAGCCUCUCUACCACUCAAUGAAUUUAUGAAACAAAGUAACCAAAGUUCUGAUGAAUUUAUGAGAGACAACAUUUUUGGUCUUAUUGAGGAUUCAUAUGCACCUUCAGGCUUCAGUUUAUGGUACAAUCCGAGACUCGCAUUAUCGUUGCCAUUAACGAUCGAUGCAUGGACAAAUACGCUAAUAAGACGGCAUUUCAAUGGCAGUAACCUGACAAAGGUUACUACAACAUUCAUGCCCAUGCCAAAUCGGGCAACAAACGAACCUUUUUUAAAAUCGCUGAUUUCUCAAAUUGUUGCAGCAUUAUUUGCACCGGCCGCUUUCGCUUUUAUUUCUUGUUCAUAUUUCUUAUUCCCGUCCAUUGAAGCUCAAAAUAAGGCCAAUCUAAUCCAAAGAAUGAGCGGAAUCAAAGCACCUGUUUUCUGGUUUAGUCAUUUAAUUUUCGACUUUUCUUACCACAUAAUUGUAUCCACAAUUAUCUUGAUCACCAUCGCUAUCGUUGACCAAUACACAUUCAGCAGUAUUACAACUUUAGGUCCCAUAUUACUACUUCUUCUACUUUAUGGCUCAUCAUCAAUUCCAUUGUUUUAUAUAUUUUCACUUUUACCAAUAAAUGCUGAUCGAGGAUUCUCACUGUUGACAACUAUUUCAUUAGUUUGUACCUUGGUUGGUUCAGGAUUGGCGGCUACAUUAGUGGCCUUUGAAGCAAUAGAAUCUCUUCACGUUUUUCUCGGUGAUCUUUUCCCACCUUUUGCCAUGUCUUUUGGGUUGUCCAAAGUUUAUGGAGCGGCAAAAUUGCAUUCCGAAUGUAAAAGAAUCAAGGCUUGUGAUCCUGGUAACUCCAUUUCUCGGAAAAUUUGUUGCAAUGAAAAUUUAGAGUUGAUCCCAUUCAAUCCAUUCAAAUGGACCAAAGAUGGAAUUUUAACUGAAAUUACAACGCUUACUUUUGGUUCGAUUCUUUAUACAACUAUUUUAAUAAUACUGGACAUGAAUUCACAUAGACUUAUCUAUUGGUAUGAUACAAUUAAGAAAAAAUUGACAGCAGCUCCUCAAUCAGGAGGAGUUGAAGAUGAGGAUGUUAUUGCUGAAAAACAUCGCGUUGAACAACUGGUUAAAUCACAAAAGAUGGACUCUGAAGCUUUAGUUGUGAAUCAAUUAAGCAAAGAUUUUGGAUCAUUUCGAGCCGUUGACAAAGUAAGUUUUGCUGUUCAUAAAGCUGAAUGUUUUGGGUUACUUGGUGUCAAUGGAGCUGGUAAAACGACAACAUUCAGAAUGUUGACCGGUGAUUCAGUGGUAACUCAAGGAGACGCUUUCAUUAAAUCCUAUUCAUUGAGAAAUAACUUGCAAGAUUUUCAACAAUCAAUCAGCUACUGUCCUCAAUUUGAUGCUUUAAUUGAUAAUUUAACACCACAGGAAACUUUGACUCUAUUUGCUCGAAUAAGAGGAAUGCCCGAGAAUAAAGUUAAAGACAAUGUAAAUUACAUCAUUACAUCAACUGAUUUAACAAAAUUCGCAAAAACUUGUAACCAAAAUUUGAGUGGCGGUAAUAAGAGGAAGUUAUCGUUAGCGAUUGCUUCCAUCGCCAAACCCAAAGUGAUGUUUCUUGAUGAACCAACGACUGGUGUAGAUCCCGCUUCGAGGCGUAAAAUUUGGUCCACAUUAAUGCAUCUUCGGGAUACAAGUAAAUCAUCAAUUGUAUUAACAAGUCACUCUAUGGAUGAAUGUGAAGCUUUAUGCUCUAGGAUUGGUAUAAUGGUCAGAGGAAACUUUAAAUGUUUAGGGUCAACUCAACAUUUAAAGGAAAAGUUUGGACAAGGAUUUACAUUGAUCAUUAAGAUUAACCAGGAAGCUCUAAAGAAAGAAGAUGAAAUUGAUAAAAUCAAACAAUUUAUAAAAGAUGAAUUUCCAAGUUCAAUAUUGCGUGAUUUUCAUCAGACAAUACUUCAUUACCAUAUUACUGAUACUUCAUCACGGUGGGGUGACAUGUUACGAUCAUUAGAACGUGGAAAAGGGGCUUUAAUGAUUGAAGAUUUCACUUUAAGUGGUACAACAUUGGAACAAAUUUUCCUUGCAUUUGCCAAAGAACGUUGAUUAUCUCAAUUUAAAUUAGUUUAUAUAUGUUUCAAAAUAAAUUAUUUAUUAAAGUUUUGCUUUCAAAUGUUAAACAUUUCAGUAAUUUC